AUGAUGAUCUCUGACAAAAAUCAGAGUUCUACAGCCAUAUUCAUUCUCUUGGGAUUCUCUGAGUACCCAGAAUUUCAGACUCUUCUCUUUUUGUUGUUCUUGGUCAUCUAUGUGGUCAGUGUAAUGGGAAAUCUUGGAAUGAUUGCAAUCAUUGCUGUGAACCCCAAGUUGCACACCCCUAUGUAUUUUUUCCUUAAACACUUAUCCAUUGUGGAUUUCUGUUACUCCACUGUUGUUACACCAAAGCUGCUGGAAAACAUAGUGGCAGAAGAUAGGACAAUGUCUAUUUCUACUUGCCUCACACAAUUUUUCUUUUUUGCUACCUGUGCUUUUACUGACACAUUCAUGUUGGCAGUGAUGGCAUAUGACCGUUUUGUGGCCAUUUGUAAUCCCCUUUUAUAUAUGGUCAUCAUGUCCCAGAAAUGUUGUUCCUUAUUGAUGGCUGCAGCAUAUUCUUGGGGAGUACUCUUCUCUUUGCUCUUUACUUUUUCUCUUCUUACAUUAUCUUUUUGUGGGACCAACAUCAUUAAUAAUUUUGUCUGUGAUUAUUCUGGCAUACUCUAUAAUGCCUGUUCUGAUAAACAUUUUAGUGAGCUGAUACUUUUUAUAUUUGCAAAUUUUAAUAUGUUUAGCACACUUAUAGUCAUAAUCUCUUCUUAUAUUUUUAUUUUUGUAACUGUGAUGAAGAUGCAUUCAGUUAGGGCAAGGCAUAAGGCCUUCUCCACUUGUGGCUCUCACCUUACAGCUGUUGGAGUCUUCUACGGAACAGUCCUUUUUCUCUAUUGUAUUCCCAAUACCAAAAGCUCCUGGUUCACCAAAAAUGUAGGUUCUGUUUUCUAUGCAGUGGUCAUCCCUAUGCUGAACCCUUUGAUAUAUACUCUGAGGAACAAUGAAGUGAAGAAUACACUCAGGAAGUUAAUUCAUCUACAAAUAUGUUCAGAAAUAUUAUAG